GAAGACUCAUGAUUAUUAACACGGUCUGAGGCUGAUGGUUCACUUCCUGUUGCUCCCUAAAACUCAAGAAGAUAGACCAAUGGAGAAAUUCAUUUUACUCUUUGUUGGUUUUGUGGCUUUUACAGGUUUGACUAAUGGAGCUGGGUUGUUACCAGAUAAUAUGAUGGCAGAAAAGGGAGGGACAGUUAACUUCACCACAGUGUCUCCACCAGACGGGCCAUUUUUAGGAAUUAACUGGUUGUUUGGUAAUAAACCAAUAAUCGUUGCAACUCCUGGUUCAGGCACACCCGCUCCAGAUUAUGAGGGAAGAAUCACCUUCUUCCCUGAUACUGGAUCUCUGGAGCUCAGGAAUCUGUCUCCCAGUGACAGUGGAGAAUACACAGUAAGAAUUAUAACUGCAGCUGCUGAACAUACUGGGACAACAACCCUGGAAGUUGUCGAGAGAAUUUCAAAUCCCUCUAUCACACUAACAAACGUGGCGAUUGAAGGGAACAAUCUCAACUUAACCUGUGAAACUGCUGGCUCUAUGCUUACCAGGAAGUGGUUAAAGGAUGGAUCGGAUCUGACUCUGUCUGACAAUAUUACACUUGAUGAUGACAACAGAGUGCUGUCCUUUCAGCCUCUGAAUAGAGCAGACAGAGGUGUAUAUUCCUGUAACAUCACCAACCCCAUCAACACCAUGGAGGCUAAAUACAACUUGGUUGUGAACUAUGGACCUGACAAAGCUCAAAUCAAGGGAGAAAAUAAAAUAAACUCAGGAGAAACCUUCACAUUAACCUGCUCCGCUGAGUCUGAACCAUCUGCUAGCUUCACCUGGAUACUGAACGGGAAAGUGGUUCACAGUUCUGCUGAGUAUAAGAAGAAAGCUGAACCCUCUGACGGUGGAAACUACACCUGCCAGGCAAAGAAUAGUAAAACUGGGAGAUCGUCUUCUGCGAUGCAUGGAUUGACUGUAAUAGAGAGAAUUUCAAAUCCUUCUAUCACACUAACAAACGUGGCGAUUGAAGGGAACAAUCUCAACUUAAUCUGUGAUGCUGCUGGCUCUUUGCUUACCAGGAAGUGGUUAAAGGAUGGAUCAGAUCUGACUCUGUCUGACAAUAUUACACUUGAUGAUGACAACAGAGUGCUGUCCUUUCAGCCUCUGAAUAGAGCAGACAGAGGCGUAUAUUCCUGUAACAUCACCAACCCCAUCAACACCAUGGAGGCUGAACACACCUUGGUUGUGAACUAUGGACCUGACAAAGCUCAAAUCAAGGGAGAAAGUAAAAUAAACUCGAGUGACACCUUCACAUUAACCUGCUCCGCUGAGUCUGAACCAUCUGCUAGCUUCACCUGGAUACUGAACGGGAAAGUGGUUCACAGUUCUGCUGAGUAUAAGAAGAAAGCUGAACCCUCAGACAGUGGAAACUACACCUGCCAGGCAAAGAAUAGUAAAACUGGGAGAUCGUCCUCUGCGACGCAUGGAUUGACUGUAAUAGGAUCCAACGAACCCACAGGUGGCUGUGGUGGUGGUUGUAUUGCUGGGAUUGUAAUUGCAGUAUUGGUGGUCAUUGGAGCAGCUGGUGGUGGAGGAUACUAUGUUUACAAAAAGAAAAAAAGUCGGAAACAGUCCCCCACUCCGAGAGGAGGAAGAGAUGGAGGCCAGGACAACACAAACAACUCAGGGAAUAAGGAGCUGAACUAUGCAGAUGUUAGAGUUUUCCACAAGAAAGAUGGCGACGCUGUCCAACUGGGGACACAGAACGAGACGACAGAGUAUGCUCAGGUCAGAGGGAGCAACAACCCUCCCGCAGCGGCCUCCCUUCCUGACUAUGACGCCCACAUGCAGAGAAACAGGAGGCUGGCUCCUCAGCCUGAUGCCAAUGGAGCUCAGCUUUACUCUCAGAUUCGCAAGAACUGAUAACAUCAGAUAUAAUACUUAAUCUCGUCGCAUAAGCCUGUGGUCAGAGAAACCUGCUGUCUGCUCUCAGGUCUUUUAUACAUGACUUCUUUGGACUUGAGUUUACAGCAAAAGCACUUUAGUUAAUAAUCAACCAGCUGAUGACGGGUAUUGAGAUCAUAAGGCACGGUGUUGCCAUAUAAACUGGCACACACAGCAUUGACUAACUUCCUUCUGCCUUUGUUUGGUUAUAAAUAUCUGUAGAUAUUCUUUCUAUUUGAUUACAAGGUUUACUUAAGAUUAAUGUUUCACAAAGGUGAGGCGUCAUAUUUGAUCCUACAUGUGCGAUAUUUGAUUGAAUUUAACAGCUUAUUCAAUAUAGAUACAGUUUCAAUGAUGUACAUUUUAAAAAAUAUGAAAUAAUUAUUAUUUGACAUUAACAAUGUCUUUUACAGUUUUAUUUUUCAUUUCUUUUCUUGAUGAUAGUGUAGCUUUCAAUCUGUCAUGACAAAUAUAAACAUAAAUGAAUAUGCAGAAUGUAAUGUGGAAAGUCUAAAAGGCAUUUUCAAAGUAGUUAUAUAAGAUUUAAGUAAAUGUUUACUUUUCCACAGAAGAGAGGAGGGGAGAUCUGAAGGCCACACAAUAAUCAAAAACAUGCUAAAAUAAGUCAUAUAAAGGGAUUUCUUUGCAGUUUGACUUUAAGCAUUAAAGAAGCAAUAGUUGGUAAGAUCUGAAGGUUUCUCUCUCCCUGUCUGCUGGUUCUGCGAUGAAAAUCUAGGGGUGCAAUAAAUGGGUUUUAAAGUCCACCAAAAAGCCAUGAGGAAAUAGGCUUACAAGAAAUAUGAUAGUAAUAAAAUAUGAUUAUAGAUGAUAAUCAGUGUAAUUCAAAACAUAUUUAUGGUAAAAGUCAGUUAGAGCCUAUAGUGUAAUGAUAGGAUAACAUGCAUCUGUCAGCAUAUUGUUUUGAAAGGCAUUAGGCCAAAAGGGAAAUUAUUAGGGGAUACAGAGAAAAGGGAAACAAAGUUGAACUACUAUUAAUGCAUAUUGUCUAACUCUGACAACUGCAAACAAGACAA